AUGGGACCAUUUCCCAUGUCUAAAGGCAACAAAUACAUAUUGGUGGCGGUGGAUUAUGUAUCCAAAUGGGCGGAGGCACAAGCGUUACCAACAAAUGACGGUCGGGUAGUGGUGCGGUUUUUAAAGAAGCUAUUUUCACGAUUUGGAGUCCCGAAAGCUCUUAUAAGUGACCGAGGCACACAUUUUGCCAAUGAUCAACUAGAGAAGGUGUUAAAGAAAUAUGGGGUAACCCAUAAAUUUUCUACAUCCUACCAUCCACAAACUAGUGGACAAAACGAAGUGACUAAUCGAGCUUUAAAGCGAAUCUUGGAGAAAUCGGUGGGGAGCAACCACAAAGAAUGGUCGGAUAAGCUAGACGUUGCACUUUGGGCCUUCCGUACAGCUUUCGAAACUCCUAUUGGUACUACACCAUAUAGGCUUGUUUAUGGAAAACAAUGUCAUUUGCCGGUGGAGAUAGAGCAUAAAGCUUUUUGGGCUUUAAAGAUGUGCAACUUCAACAUGGAAGAACUCAAGAACAACCGGUUAAUGCAAAUGAAUGCUCUUGAGGAGCUUAGAAAUGAUGCAUACUCUAGUUCAUUGAUCUAUAAAGAGAAGACCAAGAUGUGGCAUGACAAGAGGAUAAAAGAAAAUAAAGAAUUUCAUGAAGGCCAAAAAGUGUUGCUCUUUAAUUCACGACUAAAGUUAUUCUCGGGAAAACUCAAGUCAACAUGGGAUGGUCCUUUUCUGGUAAAGACGGUGUUUCCACAUGGUGCUAUAGAGCUAUUGUCAAGAGAUGGAACACCUUUCAAGGUCAAUGGACAUCGGGUUAAAAAGUAUGAAGAAGGAGUCCCCAGGAAUGAAGGAAUGGAAGAGUUGCUGUUGCUGGAAGGGAUUGCAACCACGUAG